GUCGAUCCUGUGACGUGUUAACGUUUUGAAAUACGCAUGCGCAAUCAGCGCGCAAAAGUGCAGCAAGGAAACGAAUGCACUUCCUCCCGCCAGUUUCUCACGAUGGACGGACUCGAUGAAGUUGCGAUUUGUACUCUAAAAGCUGCUAACAUUGGGGAAGACAUUUUACCAACUCUCACACGGGAUGAUAUACGAGAUCUCUUUCCUGGUCCUGAGCACUUCCUGCGACGCAAAGCCAUUUGGCUUAUUGUUCAUAAGGAAGAACAGGAGAACACCAUUCCUGUUGAACCCCAAGGUUCAUCAGCUGAUGAUGAACAUAAUGGAAGUCCAAAAAGAGAUGACCCCAGCACUUCAAAGUUUUUGAAGUUACCCAGCCCAGAAUACGUUCUCUUCACUGAUAGUGAACUACAACAUGUGAGACGUGCAUACUUCGAGCAGCAACGUCUUGGAAAAGAGGGUGAAGUCACCUUAUCAAAGGAGCUCUUCUGCCGACUCAUCCGAAAUACCAUGACAAAUAUGAUAUCUAUUGCAAGAGCCUCUUCAGAUGACUACAAAUAUCCCACUAAACAUGAAGUUAUUGCCAUGGCAAAGCGGUUAGUGGAAUACUACCCUAUGAUAAAAGAUAAGUCAACUGGAUCAAGUCAUGAGUGGGACACUGUUGCCAAAAAGCUCUUGAAGCGACUUUCAAAUAUCCGAAGUCCUGUGAAGGCCAAACACCCUCCAUCCAAGAGAGUACGUCUGAAUGAAGUACCAUCUGCUGCAGUGGCAAGUGACUAUGAUGCUGAUUCAAGUGCAUCAACAGUUCAUCUGUCACCACCUUCAAGAUCAAGCACCCCACAGCAAGAAAAUGACAGCAUUGAUGAAGCAUCCGACGGUCCAGACAACAGCCUUGACAGCCAGAAAACACAGGCACGACAUUACAGGACUCUACAAGAAAUGUACAAAGCAAAGAAGCCAAACAAAGCUGCUGUAACUCAUCUAUUAGACCUGGAGUUCCAGUCCAGAAGAAAUUUCAUUGACUCAAAUGCUUUGAAGGAGCAAGACCGACCCACAAAAAUGUUACAGGCAUACCCGUGCUUCAAAGAACUGGACCAUGUAAUGGAUGAACUGCGGAGAGUCAUUGAGCCAAACAAUAGCCAAUACACUUCUGAGGUGAAAGGCAGGUGGGAGAACUUCUACUCCAAGGUUCAGUUUUAUGGCGUCAUGAAGAAAGUCAUGAAGCCUCCAAGGACAUUAAAUGGAGUUGAACAUGCCAUUGCAGUUUUUACUGCCCUGCCACUGCUCUUCCCAUCUGGCUCUGCAGCACCCAAGAAACUGGUCCCAAUCAGUGAGGCUCUUUUCCACGUCCUCACGCCCUCUGAGGAUCCUGAUACCUACAUCCACCGGCGUGUGCUUUCUAGUCCUGUCUUGCUGAUUGGUGAGCAGAACUGCAUUGUGGUUGUAGGUACAACUCCAGUUGUAACUUUUGAGAAAGAUUUGCUCUACGAGGGACCUCUCUACCUCCUGGCCUAUUACUAUGCAUUUCACCUGACAUAUCCCAAGUGUAUUGCCACACUCUUGUCUGUGUUACAAACACAAGUACUUGGAGAUGUCAUCCACGAGCAGGAUGCAACCUCCUCGUACAAGAAGGCCAUUCAUGAAUGGAAAAUGUUUGUUGAGUAAUUUCUUUUCUAACAUGUUGUAUGGCUAAGGCAGUGAGAGCCGCAGGUUUUUUUUUUUUUUUUUUUUAUUUGUUUUGCACUUUAAUUGUGCUAUUUUUUUAGUUUCUCCCAGUUUUCAGUACUGUUUAUUGAAUUUGCCAUAAAUGCAAUACAUUCAUUGAGUAAUUACUGUUUGAGGUUAUAGUGAAUGCAGGUUAUAGACUGAUGCUAUCUCUUUGUGCAGAACAUUUGCUGUUGAUGUGUGUGUGUGUGUGUGUGUGUGUGUGUGUGUGUAUGUGUGUGUGUAAAUGUGUCAGUUGAAUAGCCUUGGAAUCAGUUCAUCCUGCUUCUAUGCUCCAUUUGUUUAAGACGAGUUUUUUUAAUAAAUGUUCAGCAAAUGUAAGUUGUUUGUUUAUUCAUUUAGUACAUUUUAAGUUUCUUUAUUGGUGUGUUUCAAGAAUUUUUUAUCUAUUUUCAGGUUAUUGAGCAUUGUUAAAAAAUCUAAAUAAGAUGAAUUUAAGGUUAAAUAUCUGCAUUAAUAUUACUUAUUCAGUUCUUAUAAAAAGUGAAAUUUGCAUAAUUAUAAGCAUGUUUGUCUAGUUAUAAGACCUAACAGUAUUUUUAGUGACUAGAUUUGAGACAACUUUUUCUAGUUUUAAUGAAAUCUGCACUUAAUGUACUUCUUAUUCAGUGUUUAUAAAAAGUGAAAGUUACAUAAUUAUAAGCAUGUUUGUCUAGUUAUAAGAUCGAACAUUAUUUUUAGUGACUAGAUUUAAGUACAAUAUUCUAGUUUUAAUGCAAUUUUGACUAAAUUUAUUCAUUAUUAGAUUCUUAUAAAAAGAAAAUACUGCAUAGCUUUAAGCAUUUUUGUCUAGUUUUAAGAUCCAAUUGCAUUUAUUA